AUCGGUUGCCACCCCGCCAGAGCUAGUCCCAACCUUUACAACCUUAAAAAUGCCCACCACUUUUCUUUUCAAUCAAACCCAACUUCAAGUAAUUAAAGCUAUGCAAGAUAGAAUUGAUUGUGUUGUAGAGAAGAUCGAGCUCCCCCCUGAUAGUGAACCUACUCCCGCUAUAGUCCAAGGCAACUGGUCCGGUGACUGGAUCAAUUGGAAUCAUUGUUAUCAACUACAACAAAAGCUUUAUGCCGAUGCUCACGACCACCGGAUCCCCCAAUGGGCUGUUCCAAACGUAAACACUACCUGGAACGCUAGAAGAAACCGACUUGGAAGAGGGCCCCUUCAGUUUGUAGACCAAGAGAGCAACAACACAAUCGGCAUUACCUUAGCUUCUGGCGUUGGAGCCAAUAAUUCCUAGGUCUCUGCUAUCUCACUAAGAUACUUCUGAUUUCCUGGAAACAUACAACUCUCAUACUUCUUCCCCAGUUCUAUUACCUUCAGUAAAGAAUAUGCUUUAACCUUGUGUUACCCAACCAAAUUCCACCAAUGAAGCGAUUUUUUUCUGAAAAUCUUGUGAUUGUGUUGCUUCAUUCCCCUUCCUCCCAAGACCCAAAGUAAACAUACCAUCCAACAGACAGCAUGUUGUUUGAUGAUGCUACUUUAGUUAAGAUGCCCACCGCAUUAUGGUGUUCUCUUAAAUCUCAUCA